CAACGUGCUCUCUCCCUCGUGGCUUUCAAAUACCUCGAAAUCAAUGACUCAAUGCCCCCACCAUAGACUCUGUCCCUGCCUCACAUUUUCUCACUUCCUCCACUCCACUCUGUUGAAUUUUUAAUAAUUUAAGGCCUAAGCAAGAGUUAUUUGACGUACUUUCUGACACAAUCCACCACUGUUUUCCAUGUCACAAAUACGAACCAAGAACACCCAACCAUAGACUUAGCCCUUAGUUAAAUUCUAUUUCUAUCUUCUCAAAGAGGGAAUAAUAUUGAUGCUUUGAUUGAAUCUAUUGUAGUUUUUCCUCAGCGCCAGCUCUUCAGUGAGACGUCACACCCUCUUAUCUCUCUCCCUUUCACUUGAAUUAAAUAUCUUUCUCUUUCACUGAGUUCAAGAGCUGCGCACUACCCUACAAAACUUGAUCACUACAUGAUAUCUUUAACCGGACUCAUAUACUGUGUUCUGGCUUUUCUGUGAUCUUUCAUUGAUUAAGAGCUGCAAAUGCAGCUGGGUUUAUCCUUGUUUUCUUUUUCUGAUGGGGAAGAAAGGAGGCUCGUCAUGGUUGACCGCUGUGAAAAGGGCAUUCAGAUCUCCUAAUAAAGAGGACGACUUAGAAAAGAAAAGAGAGAAACGACGGUGGAUUUUCAGAAAGCCAACAAAUCAACAAGAAACAGUGACACAGCAAAAUCAACAAGAACCGAGUAAUACUACGGCCCAUGUAUCAGUUUCGACUGAGCAAACGCAUGCACUUGCUAUGGCGGUGGCCACUGCCGAGGCUGCAAUGGCCACGGCUCAGGCGGCGGUAGAGGUGGCUCGGCUUUCUAGGCCUACUUAUCAAGCUAGAGAACAUUAUGCUGCUAUUGUUAUACAAACGGCUUUUAGGGGAUACUUGGCAAGAAGAGCUCUUCGAGCGCUUAAAGGGCUAGUGAAAUUGCAGGCUUUGGUGAGGGGUCACAAUGUGAGAAAGCAAGCUAAGAUGACCCUUAAAUGCAUGCAAGCUCUGGUUAGAGUUCAGGCUCGGAUACUGGAUCAACGCGUGAGGCUCUCCCAUGACGGCAGUAGAAAGUCAACAUUCAGUGACACCACUAGCGUAUUUGAUUCGCGGCACCUUCAAGACAUCUCGGACAGAAAAUCCAUGUCGAGAGAGGGAAGUAGCGUUGCAGAUGAUUGGGACGAACGGCCUCACACUGUCGAGGAAGUAAAAGCCAUGUUACAACACAGAAAAGAAGCUGCAAUGAAGCGUGACAAGAAUUCAUCCCAGGCUUUCUCUCAACAGAUAUGGAGAAAUGGUAGAAGCCCUUCAAUGGGCAACGAAGAUGAGCUUGAAGAGAGACCAAAAUGGCUUGACCGGUGGAUGGCUGCAAAACCAUGGGAGACCAGAGCAAGAGCUUCAACUGACCAGAGAGACCCCAUCAAGACCGUCGAAAUGGAUACCUCCCAGCCUUAUUCAUAUUUAGCUCCCAAUCUUAGAAGGUCAAAUCCCAAUUACCACCAACAUCAGCAGCAUCAACAACAACAACAACGACAAAGACCCAAUUCACCUCUCCAUAGAUCUCACCAAAAUCAGCACCACCAUUCCCCUGUAACGCCCUCACCAUCUAAAACUAGGCCUCUUCAAGUACGAUCAGCCAGCCCUCGUUGUGGGAGGGAAGACAAAAGCUUCCACACAUCUCAAACACCUAGCUUAAGGUCCACCUACUAUUACAAUGGCCGAGUUGGAUCAACAUCAACAAGCUCUGCUAGUGCUAAUGUUGGCCCCACAGUACCAAAUUACAUGGCUGCAACAGAGUCAGCUAAAGCUCGGGUUCGGUCUCAGAGUGCUCCGAGGCAGAGACCGUCGACGCCGGAGAGGGAAAGAGGAGGUGGGUCUGCGGCGAAGAAAAGGCUUUCUUUCCCAGUUCCGGAUCCUUAUGGUGGUGGAAUGGUGUACGGAAGUUAUGGCCAUAAUAGCUUGAGGAGUCCGAGCUUUAAGAGCGUUACCUGUUCACAUUUGGCUGGAGUGGAACAACAGUCUAACUAUUCAUCUUGUUACACUGAGAGCUUCGGUGGUGAGAUUUCUCCUUCUUCAACUAGUGAUCUAAGAAGAUGGCUGAGGUAAUUAAUAAGCUUUGAAGAUCAAGUUAAAUGACACUUGUUAGUUUUCAUUUUCUUAAUUUAUUAGUUUGUGAUUGUGAUUUAGUUGUAGCUUUCAGACCCCACCAAAACGAUUGGGUUUAGUCUUUUAGAAAUUGUUGCUUUUGUGACAGAAAACUCACACAUCUUCACCAAUCAUUAGCAUCAUCAUUAGUUUUUCUUCUUAAAGAGAAGAACUACUAUAUAUUAAUUAGUUUUCACUAAUCAUUUUUUUUAGUUUGAGAUUGUGAUUAAGAUGUAGUUCUCUGACCUCCCCACAAGACCAGUAGAUUUUUCAAGUCUUUAUAUAUAUAGAGAUUGUUUCCUUUUGUGAAUGA